AUGCUGAGGGGCUGUCAUGGAGAUGAGUUCGCUUGCAGAUCUCGGAGAGUGUUGCCCUUCCCUUUGAAACAACUUGUCUCCACCCACACCUACUACAGCCAUCCACUGCUUACUCCGCCCUCCACUCGUUCUGUUCUUUCCUAUCUAUCUAUCUAUCUAUCUAUCUAUCUAUCUAUCUAUCUAUCUAUCUAUGUUCCUAAGUAUGUUGCUAUCUCUAUCUCUCUCUCCCACUAUCUAUCUAUCUAUCUAUCUAUCUAUCUAUCUAUCUUAGUCUGUUCCUAUCUAUCUAUAUUCCUAAGUAUGUUGCUAUCUCUAUCUCUCUCUCUCCCACUAUCUAUCUAUCUAUCUAUCUAUCUAUCUAUCUAUCUAUCUAUCUAUCUUAGUCUGUUCCUAUCUAUCUAUGUUCCUAAGUAUGUUGCUAUCUCUAUCUCUCUCUCUCCCACUAUCUAUCUAUCUAUCUAUCUAUCUAUCUAUCUAUCUAUCUAUCUAUUCUGUUCCUAUCUAUCUAUCUAUCUAUCUAUCUAUCUAUCUAUCUAUCUAUCUAUCUAUCUAUCUUUGUUCCUAUCUAUCUAUGUUCCUAAGUCUGUUCCUCUAUCUAUCUAUCUCUCUAUCUAUCUAUCUAUCUAUCUAUCUAUCUAUCUAUCUAUCUUCCUAUCUAUCUAUGUUCUUAACUAUGUUCCUAUCUCUCUCUCUCUAAUAUGUUGCUAUUUCUAUAUCUCUCUAUAUAUCUAUCUAUCUAUCUAUCUAUCUAUCUAUCUAUCUAUCUAUCUAUGUUGCUAUCUCUCUCUCUCUCACUAUCUAUCUAUCUAUCUAUCUAUCUAUCUAUCUAUCUAUCUAACUAAAUCUUAUUCGACUCCUACACACCUGAAGUGGAACCAGCUGUCACAUCAUCACAGCAAAUAUCUUGAUCGCCCUGUGGGGCUUUACAUAUUGAACAGAGCCAAACCACCUCCCCUUCAUCAUAAGGCGAUGAAUAAGGAGGGGCUGAAGCUGCAUCAGCAGAGGAGGUCAAGGACAGCACUCCAUCUUCUUCAUCCACUGACAGGGACAACUCGUGCGGGAACAGGUGCUUCAAAGAGUGUACCUGCACUCUCCCACCCUCCUGUUAAGGAACGGCAUUCUAGAACGGUCCUGAGGCCUCUCCCUGAGGCUCAAAAGGUAUUCAUCAUACCAACGGGCCCUACAUUUUUCCAGGCACCAGUUCCGCAUCUGCAUGGCUCUGACGAUUCUUUCCCUGCUGCGGUGGGCAUAGAAGGAACACAGUCUUCCUCGUUCAGGUUCAACAGCAGUCCAGGACUCACACCAGGCAGCAAAAACAUGCUCGGUGUUACCGCUUCCAGCUCUCUCACCGCCGAUUCUCGAUAG